CACUCAACGAUCAUCACUCAGACACUCGAUAUAUACAACUCACGAUAACAAACACAAAAAGUUUUUCAAAUUUAUCACUUCCAAAGACAAGAUAAUGGCACUUGAGAUCAACAACAAACUUACCGAACCGGUCUUUGCAGCCACCGCUAACGGCGGAGAAAAGAGGGCUUACGUGGCUUUUCUCGCCGGAAACGGAGACUUCGUGAAAGGAGUGGUGGCUCUUGCUAAAGGGCUAAGGAAAGCUAAGAGCAAGUAUCCACUUGUCGUGGCCGUAUUACCGGACGUCCCGGAGGAUCACCAGAAACAGCUGGUGGAGCAAGGCUGUGUCAUAAAAGAGAUCGAGCCGGUUUAUCCACCGGAAAAUCAAACCGAUUUUGCCAUGGCUUACUAUGUUAUCAACUACUCUAAGCUUCGUAUAUGGAAGUUUGUGGAGUACAGCAAGAUGAUAUACUUGGACGGGGACAUACAAGUGUUCGAGAAUAUAGACCACUUGUUUGAUCUCCCGAACGGCCACUUCUACGCAGCCAAGGACUGUUUCUGCGAGAAGACAUGGAGCCACACGCCACAGUACAAGAUCGGUUAUUGCCAGCAGUGUCCAGACAAGGUUACAUGGCCAGAGGCAGAGCUUGGUCCUAAGCCGCCUUUGUAUUUCAACGCCGGUAUGUUCGUUUACGAGCCUAACCUCUACACUUAUCAAAACCUCUUGGAGACUCUCAAAGUCGUUCCUCCAACCUCAUUUGCUGAACAGGAUUUCUUGAACAUGUACUUCAAGGACAUAUACACUCCAAUACCAGGAGUUUAUAACUUAGUGAUGGCUAUGCUUUGGAGGCAUCCUGAGAAUGUAGAGCUUGAGCAAGUCAAAGUUGUUCAUUAUUGUGCUGCUGGUUCUAAGCCUUGGAGAUUCACUGGAAAAGAAGAGAAUAUGGAGAGAGAGGAUAUCAAGGUGCUGGUUAAAAAGUGGUGGGACAUUUACAACGACAAGUCUCUCGAUUACAAGAACGUUAUCGGAGAAAAGGGAGGAAAUCCCGAUCUCCAUAAGAAGCAGUUAGUGGAAGCUUUGUCUGAGGCCGGUGUGCUUCAGUACGUCAAAGCUCCAUCUGCAGCUUAGAGACCAUAUGCUCAUCAAGCUUUGUUACUACGACUCCUAUGACUAUCUCACUUUAGUUUGAACCUUGUUUACAGAAACUAUAUAGUUAAAUAUAUACUAUAUUGAAAAUGUGUUGCAAUUUUUAUUGGUUCUUUUUUUUUAGAAGGAACAAUGUUUCCUGCUAUAUUGUAAAGUAUAGUUACUAUACGUGAGAAAACAAUAUCUAGUGUUUAAUUAUA